GAGAUUGCUGGACGGUGUGGUCCAGCGAUAGUGACAUAUUAACCGGUCCGGAUUGGUAUCAAACUAGUUGCCCCAGAGAAAGAAAUGAACAUUUAACAAAAAAAAAAGAGAAGGAAAUGAACCAGGUGGAUCAUUAGUAUCGGAUGAGGAGGUAAAUAAAAUCAUGAAUUGGAUCUCUUUUUGUGGUAUUUUCGGUUUGAAUUUUACAAUUGAAUGGUGGGGAGGAUGGAGACAUUGCAACUGCAUUGCUAGGGAACAUUUCCCCACGAAACUGUAAAUGCAAGCAAAAGCCAUCUGAGUUCUCAAUUUUCAUUUCUUCACUACAAUUUUACUCCUUACAUGGUCCCAUGAUUCAAACCGAACCCUAGAAAAUAUCAUAUCCGACUCUCAUCAUGUUCGUAUAUACAAAUGGUAAAAGUACAUUACAAGAUUGAGACGAACGAAAUAUAAAUGAGAGAAGCUAACGAUUUUCUUUUUGUCAUAGUGUCCUCUAAUGAGAAGUAACAAAGAUAUAAAUAAUAUACAAGAUUUUUGCAGGUCGGGUCACAAAACGUAAAAGAAGGAGAAAAAUACGUUGGUCGGCAAAGUGACCAAUCCAAUGAUACAAUAGCUUGUUUUGCCACGAUAUGAGCAGUCACGUCAUUGUUAUGAGGCACACUGAAAAGAACCUUAUCUAGACUAGACCACUUGCAGGAUAGCUUCUAUCGCGUACGAUGAAUCCUUCGUAUUGACCUUUCGAAUUACCGCGUAUGUGUUACUACAAAAACAAAGCUUUAGAAAAUAAAAGAGUCAAACACCAACAAAGAAAAUGGGAGUUGCUAAAGGUCGCCCUUAGAAUUGCUAAAGGUCGCCCUAAAAAAGUUUAAAGUUACACUUAUAACCCCUUAUCUUCUUUACCUUCCUUUUAUCAAACAAACACCACUUGGACUAAAAAAACACUAUCUAAGGAGAGAAAAAUCCAUCAUCGUCAUUUUGAAGCCGAUAUCGUCGGUAGGACGUCUGAAUCAUGAGUAGCGACUCCGACGAGGUAAAUACCGAAACUGAAAAACGAAAAAAAAACCAAAAAAUGCCCAACCGCAAUUGACCUGCGGUUGGACCAUGGCCGGACCGCAAAUCCCCUGCGGUUGAACCAUGGCUGGACCGCAAUUGACCUGCGGUUGGACCAUGGCUGGACCGCAAAUGGUCCAACCGCAGGUGAUUUGCGGUCCAUCCAUGGUUCAACCACAGGGGAUUUGCGGUCCGGCCAUGGUCCAACCGCAGGUCACUUGCGGUUGGGCAUUUUCUGGUUUUUUUUUGUUGAAUAAUUUUCUAUUUUUUAUAUGAUUUAUGAUUUGUUCCAUGAGAUAAUUUGUUGGGUUUUGAUUUAUAUAAUUUUCUAGAUUUAUUUACAUAAUUAUUUUUGGAAUUGAAGGAUUUAGCAUUAGAAACCGCGGUUGACCGUCGGUCAGACCGCGGUUUGACUGCGGUUGCCAUUUUUUUUUUUUACCUUCUUCUCCGGCGCGACGGAACGAGAUGCUGUUGGUGACUGUCGGGCGCGCGGAACGAGCGGCGGGAGCGAGCGGCGGGCGCGCGGCGACGUGGGCGGGAGGCGACCGGGGGCGGCGGGACGAGCUGCGGGAGGUGACCGGCGGGCGCGCGGCGACGCGGGCAGCGGGACGAGCGGCGGCGGGCCGGCGGGAGGCGACGGGCGGACGGCGGCCGGCGACGUACAGGUGGCCGGCGGUGACGUGGUGAUCUGCAGAGGUGAGACGAGUUGAGGGGGAGGGGGAAUUGAAUUUGAAUUGUGAAUAAGGGUUUGUUUGUUUUGAGUUUUUGCUUAAGGGCAUAUAGGUAAUUUUUCAUUUAAGUUAGGGCGACGUUUAGCAAUUGUUAGGGCGACAUUUAGCGAUUCAGAAGAAAAUAUCUCGAAUAAUUAAGAAGUCAAUGACAAAUGGUUAACAAAAUUAAGUUGUCUAUUUUCUUAGUUGAGUUUAUUAAAAUGAUAGCUUUUCUUGUAAAAAUAUUUGGGACAUUAUUUGAGAAAGCAGUCUGGUAAAAAUUGGUCUGCCUAACAAAUUUCCCAGCACCAC